AAACUGUAAGCGUCAAUGUCGGAAGUAUGUCAACGGAAGUUGUUAGUUGCUGUGGUACGUCAGUGAAAUGAGUGAGCAGUAGCACCUCAGCUGGAAACUUAAUAUUAAAGGUUAUUGAAACUGAAAUUAUUUGAAGCUAUCAACAUGGUCCAGUUACACGUGAAACGAGGAGACGAGAGUCAGUUUCAUUUCAGCACGACUGUCGACAUCUCACUGGAAACUCUGAUUGAAGAAGUCACAGCCAUCCACAAUGGGAGAUUGAAAGUGGACAGGAUUUGCUCAGAAGUACCAGAGCUGGCAGAACAUGGCAUAACACUACCCCCAAAUAUGCAAGGCCUCACUGAUGACCAAAUAGUAGAUUUGAAACUUCAUGAUGAAUGGGAGGAUACGUGCAUACCUAGUGGUGGUGCAGAAUUUAAAAAGGAUGAAAUUGGACGCAGAAAUGGACACGCUCCAAAUGAAAAAAUGAAAGACGUUUUGAUGAAGACAUUGGAAGAGGCCAGAGCUUUAAUCUCGAAGAAACAGGUCCAGGCAAAUGUGUGUGUUACUAUGGGGAUGGUGAAGGAGGCUUUGGAUCUCCUCAGGGGUGCAGUUAUGAUCGUUUACCCCAUGGGCCUUCCUCCACAUGACCCAAUCAGAAUGGAGCUGGAGGACAAGGAAGAUCUAGCUGGCACACAGGCGUCUCUGCAGGUGAUGCCAGCUGAAGAGGCCCAGCUCUGGUGGGCAGCAAAAGAAAUGCAGCGCGGCAAGAAGCUGCAGGACUAUGUUGGCAAAAACGAGAAGACUAAGAUUGUGGUCAAACUACAAAAGAGGGGCCAGGGGGCGCCAGCGAGGGAACCACUGAUCACGGAGGAGCAGCAGAAGCAGAUGAUGUUGCACUACCACAGGAGACAAGAGGAGCUUAAGAAACUGGAUGACGCAGACGACGACACUCAUCUGCAGUCACAGUGGUCCGACAGGCAGGCCCUGAAAAAGCAGUUCCAAGGCUUAACUAACAUCAAAUGGGGCCCGAGGUGAUCAGCCGAGCUCACAGACUCAUCUCUGUGUGCUGUUGGCAGUGCCUUACCCGCUGACAUUUGCAGUGAUUGCUGUACUCCUCAGCACUGUAAUGUUUGCGAUCAGACUCUGUUUGGAUUUCCUUGUCUUACUGUUUUUUGACCCACAUGUUUUUGGAUUGUACAUAUACAUGAUAAGUUAUAGUAUUGAGAAAAUAAAACAAUUGUUAACUGGG